GCCGAAGUGCACACCAACGAAGAAGAAGAAGAGGAGGAAGUCGGAGCUGCAAGAAUAGAACAAUAUCAUGGAGACUUUAUAUAGCAUACCUUUUACUGUGCUGGAAUGCCCCAAUGUAAAACUGAAGAAGCCUUCCUGGCUGCACAUGCCGUCAGCCAUGACAGUGUAUGCUGUUGUUAUUGUUUCCUACUUCCUCAUCACUGGCGGAAUCAUAUAUGACGUCAUUGUGGAGCCUCCAAGUGUGGGCUCCAUGACUGAUGAGCAUGGACACCAAAGACCUGUGGCCUUCCUCGCAUACAGGGUGAAUGGACAAUACAUCAUGGAAGGACUGGCUUCCAGCUUCCUCUUCACAAUGGGAGGCCUGGGCUUCAUCAUCCUGGAUCGCUCCAACGCGCCCAACAUCCCCAAACUUAACCGCUUCCUGUUGCUCUUCAUCGGGUUCGUCAGUGUGCUCCUCAGCUUCUUUAUGGCCCGUGUGUUCAUGCGAAUGAAGCUACCCGGUUAUCUUAUGGGAUAAAUACACCCCCCGACACCUGGAUUCAUUCAGUAUGGACUGAUCUUGCUGAUGAAAUUUAAAGUUUGGACUCCAAAAACAAACAACUAGCAGUGGAGAUGUGCCAAUCAUAAAGUGGGAAGUAGUUUGGUUUUCUAAAAAAGGAAUUAUCCCGCUAGUUGCAUUUUUGUACACAAUCCUAAAAAUAAAUCUUUGUUUUCAGAACAUCUCGCCAUGUUUUGUUGUUGAGGAAUGCUCUACACCAGGGGUGUUUAAAGUGUAGCACAGGGGGCAUUUUCAGCCUGCAACUUGUUUUUUUUGUUAGUAUUAUAACAAUAAAAUAAUUAUUCCUAAGAUUUAUGCUGCUGGAAAAUAGAGUUGACUUGUGAGACAGCGCCCUCUGCUGGAUUCAUAGCUGCAGCACUUUUUCCACCCUGCAGAUAACGCCAUCAGACAACUUUUGAUUUAAGUUACCAUUCCGAAAAAGUCAUUUACAAUAAAGCAGAGUAAAGAAAUCUGCAAAUAGGCGGGGAUAUUCUAACUUCUAACACUGAGAAAGAGUUUGCCCCCUUCCUCCUUUCUUAUUUUUGUGAGUGUUUGUCGCACUUUAAAUGUUUGAGAUCAUCAAGAAAAUGUAAAUAUUAGUCAGUGAUAACCCAACUCAACACAAAAUGCAGUUUUUAAAUGAAGCUUUUUAUUAUAAAGGGAGAAGAAAAAUCCAAACCAACAUGGCCCUGUGUGAAAAAGCGGUUGCCCCCUAAACUUAGCAUCCAUCCUUAGCAGCAACAAAUGCAAUCAAGCGUUUGCCAUAACUUGCAAUGAGUCUCUUACAGCGCUGUGGAGGAAUUUUGACCCACUCAUCUUUGCAGAAUUGUUGUCAUUCAGCCACAUUGGAGGGUUUUCCAGCUUGAACCACCUUUUUAAGGUCAUGUCACAGCAUCUCAAUAGGAUUCAGGUCAGGACUUUGACUAGGCCACUCCAAAGUCUUCAUUUUGUUUUUCUUCAGCCAUUCAGAGGUGGACUUGCUGGUGUGUUUUGGAUCAUUGUCCUGCUGCAGAACCCAAGUUGGUUUCAGCUGGCUGGACAUUCUCCUUCAGGAUUUUUUGGUAGACAGCAGAAUUCAUGGUUCCAUUUAUCACAGCAAGACUUCCAGGUCCUGAAGCAUCAAAUAGCCCCAGACCAUCACACUACCACCAUCAUAUUUUACUGUUGGUAUGAUAUUCUUUUUCUGAAAUGCAGUGUUACUUUUACGCCAGAUGUAAUGGGACACACACCUUCCAAAAAGUUCAACUUUUGUCUCGUCAGACCACAGAGUAUUUUCCCAAAGGUCUUGGGGAUCAUCAAGAUGUUUUCUAGCAAAAUUAAGACAAGCCUUAAUGUUGUUUUUUGUUCAGCAGUGGUUUUGGUCUUGGAACUCUGCCAUGCAGGCCGUUUUUGCCCAGUGUCUCCUGGGAAGGGUCACCACUGUUCCAUGUUUUCGCUAUUUGUGGAUAAUGGCUCUCACUGUGGUUUGCUGGAGUCCCAAAGCUUUGCAAAUGUCUUCAUAACAUUUUCCAGACUAAUAGAUCUCAAUCUCAGUUAUGUUAUGUUUUAACGGGGGGGGGGUCAGUUUUUCACACAGGGCCAUGUAGGUAUGGAUUUCCCCCCCCCCCUUUAUUAAGAGGAGAAAGUCAUAAUUUAACAAGGAUAAUGUAAUGUUUUGAGGCAAAAUGUUGAAAUAUUAGAGAAAGACGCUAUUUAUUUAAAGUUGUAAUAUGAAACAAAAAUAAGAAAAUUGAUUGUAUUUUGGAAAAUGUGGGGGGCGGGCGACCAAAGUUCAUACUAAUAAUAGGCUUUUUCACCUACAUCACAAAGCUGUAGUUUUUUCUUGAAAAAUACAUAACGUCUCACUCGAAGUGGCCCUCGCUGGAAAACAUUUGGACACCCCUGCUUUAGUGCACCAAAUGUAUGAAAGUGGCCCCGCACAUUCCUCAAUUUUUCUGCACAGUCUGCAGCCCUCAGUGGGAAAAGUUUAGAUAGCUGCAGUACCGGCUACUCUCCACAAAGGGGCGCCAUCAAAUGUCAAGAUACUGUAUUUUUGCAUACGUAUGCAAAAAUGGACGAUGUUUCAUUCACUUCAAGGACAAAAGUGGACAAAAGUAGCCUUUAAAAAUAUGACUGCACAUGUAAAUGACAAAUAAAAGCCACAUAUUGCACAAGCACUUGUAAAUCAUUCAAAGCCAUACCUGAUUUAUGUUAUUAGCAGCACUCACAGAAAUGUCAUAUUCGAAAAUAAGCUCAUUGUAAAAAAAUGUUAUUGGUUGGCGACCAGUUCAGCGUGUACCCUGUCUCCCGAAGUCUGCUGGGAUAGGCUCCAGCUUUACCCGUGACCCUAAUGAGGACAAGCGGUAUAGAAAAUGGAUGGAUGGAUGUUAAAAAUGUUUAAAGUCCUCCUCUUGAUGUGUUCAGACUUCCUCCAUUAUGACACUUACUGAAAUGUUAGAGCGUCCUUGUCCCCUGAUGUCCUUCAACGUUCUGUUGAGUCCACAAUGGAAAUAAUGCAGCAGCAACCAAAAAAAAGCCAAGCUAUUAAACCUGAGCAAGCCUUGCCUGAUCUCUUAAAUCUGUAGCUUAUCAUUAUUAAUACAGUGUGUUUUAAAAGGAAGCUUUCUGGUCUCAUGAUGUCUUGAAGCCUUGACUGUGAGCCAGCUCGCUCUGAUGAUGACUUAUCGGCAGAACCUUAAAACAAAAAGCAUUGAAAAAUAUUAUUAUAGUCCUACCGUGUCAUUUUUCCUCGUAUGGCAAGCAGACAAUUGUCUAUUUGCUCAAUGUAGAGAGUAGCAGGUAUCUAUUAGGGGUAGGGCGGUCAUUUGUCCCAUUAUACUUGAAUUUGAAUUUAAAUGUUAAUAUUUUGUUCCACAAAUAAUAUUUGUUAAAUAGUGCAUUCCUUUCAAAGUCCUUUCUUAUUGAUUUUUUUAAAUAUGAGGUGUUUAUUUGGGAUAAGGUGUCCAUGUGUACCAAUGCACUUCUAUAGUUUUGACUGAUAUUUUCAAUCAGUUGAUGAUACUUAAUUCAACAGAAAUUGUGUACACUAAUCAGGUGUUUAUUUGGGGUAUGGUGUGUUUACUUGAUGUUUAACAUUCCGUUUUUAUUUUGUAAUUCAUAUUUCGUUCUACAAAUCAUGACACUUCAUGUACAAUAAAAUAUGUACGACAGUAGAACUUCGGCGUUUGUUAAUCCAUUCCAAAGGGUCAGUCUAAAACCAAAACGUACGACAACUGAAACAAUGGGAAUCCGUUCCAAACUCCCAAAAAUGUUAACCCAAAGCAUUUUUAAUAUAAAACAAUAAUACCACAAGAUUCAACGUGCCAAAGGGUUAAAAAAUACAAGAUUGUUACACACAAUAUAGAACCGAGGUAAAAGUUUGGCAAACAUUUUCAUCGAAAACUAGCGCACAUGUAAACCGAGGUUCCACUGUUUAAUACAAUGAAGUGUUUACUUGAGGUCAGGUGUUUAUUUGCACCAUUCAUUUUUAAAUUAAUAUUUUUGUCCACAAAUCAUUUACAAAAAAAUAUGCACUAUAAUAAAUAAAAUGAGAGGGUGGCGUUUAUUUGUAUUAACGAGGUUUUAUUUUCUAAUUAUUUUGUUUCACACAUCAUACUUAAUUUACAAUAAAAUAUGUAUUAAAAUCAAUAAAAUAAGAAGGUGUUUAUUUGGGCUAAGGCCUUUAUUUGUGCCAAUGUAGUUUUUAUUUUUUAGUUAACAUUUCGGUCCCCAAAUCAUGAUACUUCUUUUACAAUAAAAUAUAUAUGAUAAUAACAAAAAAUAAAAAUGUGUUUAUUUGUACCAAUGUGGUUUUAUUUUUUUAAUAAAUAUUUUGUUCCGAAAAUCUUACAUAUUUUGGUCCCCAAAUUAUGGUACCUCAUUUACAACAAAAUAUGUACUAUAAUAAAUAAAAUAAAAAGGUGUUUAUUUGUACCCAGGUGGUUUUUAUUUUCGAAUUAAUAUUUUGUUUAAAAAAUUAAAUUUACAAUAAAAUAUGUACUACAAUAAACACCAUAAGGUGCCUAUUUGUGGUAAGGUGUUUUUGUACCAAUGCAUGAAUGCAAUGAAUAUUUUGGUGCACAAAUCAUGAUACUUGAUUGCCAAUAAAAUAUGCACUAUAAUAACUAUAAGGCACAAGCAUUAUUGUUAUUAUUACACGGUGGCCUCGUGGUUAGCAUGUUCUCCUCGCGAGUAAAAAGCUAUAUUGCUGUCUAGUCUCUUCUGUAAUUUUGCUGUGUUUUACAAGUGUCACAGGAGUUUGAACCUGACAGAGAGGCUCCAGCAUACGCGACCCUAGUGAGGAUAAGCGGCAUGGAAAAUGCAUGGAUGGAUUAUUAUUCAUACCAGUGUUUUUUUUUUUUUUUUUUCAAUGACGUUAAAUUUGCAAUGUUUUUUUUAAUUUUCAUUUCAUUGAUACAAUUUUUGUUUGACAAAUACAUAGCACUACUUAAAAUAAAUAACAUAACAAUAUAAUACAUCUAAGAAUGUAAAUAUAAUGCAUAUUAUAAUAUUUGACAUUGGAUGACAAAACUGGCUGGUGGAUGUGGUAGCACCACCCGCACCACCCAGCCGCAUUUCAUGAAGGGACAGAACAUAUUUGGCAUUUAUUGAAAAAACGUAUUCAUUUAUAUUUUCUUCAUAUUUGAUCAAUAUUUAAUACAUUUAUUGAUAAAUGGACUUAUAUUUAAUUUAAAUGUGAUGAAUAUGUUUAUCAUUCAUUUAUUGUUUGGAAGCACUGUACCUGUAUUUUAUUGACGGUAUUCUCUCCAUUCAGUAUGCCAGCAGUCUUCAUUCCUGUUGCCACUUCAAUUUCUGUGAAUAAACCAAAAAGUAUAUGAAAUAGCAAGCCCCCUCUGAUGCGUCAUGAAAGUGAUGGUUUCCCGUCGCACCCGUGAGAAUGCCAUCAAUUUUGUCCACCACAAAGUCGACGUCGUCCGUGCUGAAGCACAUGGGCGGCUUAAAUUUGAGCACAUUGCGAUGAGGUCCGUCUGCGCUGAGGAGCACGUGCUUCUCCUUCAAGUGAUAUAUGACCUCCUGGGCCUCUGCUGUGGCUGGGGUCAGCUUCAAGCGGUCCUUCACGAGCUCCACCCCCACAAACAGGCCGCGACCCCUGCAUGGAGGUCCUACAUUUACCGCCCUCCUCCCCAGCACUGUUGGUGAAGGUGAUGCUCUUUACCUGACGUCACCUAUGAGGGGGUGCUUCUCUUUCUGAGCCUCCAGCAGAGAGGUCAGGUACUCGCCCACUUGCAAGGCUUUCGUCUGCAGGUCCUCCUUGACGAUCACGUCCAGGACGGCCAGACCGAUGGCACACGACACCGGGUUGCCUCCAAACUGAGAAAGGGACACCACGCACACAGAGGAACGAUGCUAUCAUGGAAGUUACCAUCACCGUGCAAUGGACUCUUCAUUAGGGAUACCUGCACGGUCUAACAAUUAGAGAAUACAGUGUUCCCUCGUUUAUCGUGGGGAUAGGUUCCCAAAAUAGGCCGCAAUAAGUGAAAUCCACAAAUUCAAAAAACAAUACAAGCAGUUGAUGUUUGCUAAAUACAAGGCAGAAGAGUCCUGAUUGUUCUGUCAGGUUUGUUAUUUUAUUUUAUUUUAUUUUUUAUUUAUUUUAUUUUAUUUUAUUUAUUUAUUUUUUUUUAAUAAUUUUGUUUGUUGUGUUUAAAAAAAAAAAAAGCUUUGUUCUUUUUUAUUUAUUUAUUUAGUAUUGUCAUCAUUAUUAUUAUUAUUAUUAUUAAUGUUCUUUCUUUUUUGGGGGGGAGGGCUAUCUCACCGUUAUCCUGACUAUCACUGAAAACAUGACAUGGAAUGCAGGAAGUGAACAACAUGUACUGUACAAGAUGUAGAUUGGAAGGGGGGUAGGAUUAAAUAAGCUUUGCUUCUUCCUACUCCUUUUGGACAUGU